UUGCAAAACCAUGACCCCCUUCACGUACCAACACACACACACACACACACACACACACACGAUUGAGAGUUUUUAUUGUGGAAUAAGACGUGAAGUAACAAGAUUCAGAGUAACACAGCAGGUCAAACAUUUAUUGGCUACACAGGGGGCCACCUCAGUCCACCUCUUCAAUGUUGGGCCCCUGGGGGCUGGUCGAGGCCUGCUCCCCAAAGCCUCCCGCAGACCCCGGCCCCUGAUACAGCUUGCUGAUGAUUGGCUGACAGGCUCGUUCCAGCUCCUUCUGCUUGUGCUGAAGCUCGUCUUUGUCGGCCAGCUGGUUGUUCUCCAGCCAGCUGAGGGUCUCAUCACAUUUGUCCGUCAGCGUCGUCUUGUCCUGCUCGCUCAACUUGGCGUCUCGUAUGCUGUUCUUCAUAUUGAAGGCGUAGGACUCCAGAGAGUUCUUGGCGGCAAUCUUGUCCCGCUGCAGUCCUCAGCUUUGUACGUCUCGGCCUCCUGCACCAUCUUGUCCAUCUCCUCUUUGCUCAGGCGGCCCUUGUCGUUCACGAUGGUGAUCUUGUUCUCCUUGCCCGUGCUUUUGUCCACCGCCGACACAUUCAAGAUGCCGUUGGCGUCCACGUCGAAGGUGACCUCGAUCUGCGGGACGCCGCGUGGUGCGGCCGGGAUUCCGCUCAGUUCAAACGUUCCCAGCAGGUUGUUGUCCCUGGUCAUGGCUCUCUCGCCCUCGUAGACCUGGAUCAGGACGCCGGGCUGGUUGUCUGAGUAAGUGCUGAAGAUCUGCGUCUGCUUGGCAGGGAUGGUGGUGUUGCGUUUAAUCAGCGGCGUCAUCACGCCUCCAGCGGUCUCGAUACCCAGUGACAGAGGCGCCACGUCCAGCAGCAGCAGGUCCUGGACUUUGGCCGAGUUGACACCGGUAAGGAUGGCGGCCUGGACGGCAGCGCCGUACGCCACCGCCUCGUCAGGGUUGAUGCUUUUGUUCAGCUCUUUGCCAUUGAAGAAGUCCUGGAGGAGCUUCUGAAUUUUGGGGAUCCGUGUAGAACCUCCAACCAAGACGACGUCAUGGAUCUGGGCUUUGUCCAUCUUGGCGUCCCUCAGUGCUUUCUCCACCGGCUCCAAAGUUCCUCUGAACAAGUUGGAGCAAAGCUCCUCAAAGCGAGCUCUGGUGAUGGAGGUGUAGAAGUCAAUGCCCUCAAAGAGGGAGUCGAUCUCAAUGCUGGCCUGGGAGCUGGAGGACAGCGUCCUCUUGGCCCUCUCAGCGGCCGUGCGCAGCCUCCUCAAGGCCCUCUUGUUGUCGCUGAUGUCCUUCUUGUUUUUCCUCUUGAACUCUGCCACAAAGUGGUCCACCAUGCGAUUGUCAAAGUCCUCUCCGCCCAGAUGUGUGUCUCCAGCGGUGGCUUUCACCUCAAAAAUGCCGUCCUGGAUGCACAGGACGGACACAUCGAAAGUACCGCCACCCAGGUCAAAGAUCAAGACGUUGCGUUCUUCCGUCUUGUCUUUGUCCAGACCGUAGGCAAUGGCAGCUGCCGUGGGCUCGUUGAUGAUCCUCAGAAUAUUGAGUCCUGCGAUGGCGCCCGCGUCUUUAGUGGCCUGUCGCUGGGAGUCGUUAAAGUAGGCGGGGACUGUGACGACGGCACUAGACACGGUCUGGCCCAGGUACGCCUCGGCGAUCUCCUUCAUCUUGGCCAGCACCAUGGAGGAGAUCUCCUCUGGGUAGAAAGUUUUGUCCUCGCCUUUGAACUGCACCUUCAUCUUGGCUUUCCCUCCAUCAGCCACCACCUGGAAGGGCCAGUGCUUCCUGUCCUCCUGCACCACCGGAUCAUCCAACCUUCUUCCAAUCAGUCGCUUGGCGUCGAACACCGUGUUGCUGGGGUUCAACGCCACCUGGUUCUUGGCGGCGUCGCCGACGAGCCUCUCGGUGUCCGUGAAAGCCACAUAGCUGGGGGUGGUCCUGUUGCCCUGGUCGUUGGCGAUGAUUUCCACUUUUCCGUGCUGGAAAACGCCCACGCAAGAGUAGGUGGUUCCCAGGUCUAUGCCGACAGCGAUGCCUUUUGCUGCCACCAUUUUUAAUCCCAGUGACGAUGUCCGUCUGUGAAGAGCACAACAUGCAACCAAACGUCAAACAUGUUCAUGUUAAACGUUCUAAAAUUCCUGAAGAUCAUUUCCCUGAUAAGAUCAAUCAAAUAAAUAUGAAGAAUAGAAAAGUCAACUUACACUUAAAAGUCCUCAGAGUAGAAAGGAUGCUCUUCUGGCUUUUGCUGUCCGAUCAGCUCAUAUAUACCCGCCAAGCUGACUCUCUCGCAACUUCCAGACAUUUCGCCAUCAAGUCAUAUCAACAGCAAGGACAACGUCCUCUGCUGGCCCUGUCAAAAUAAAAGGAGCGGCACGUUUACGACGGCAGUGGUAACGCAGAUGAACGUACGGAAAUUUUAUUGUGAAGGCAGGAAGUGGUCAUAACUUCCAACAUUGACGUGGCUUUUUCAGAAGACUCUGGAAUCUUCAAGAUGAAGCGAGAAUAUGGGAGCAAGUUUUUACUGACGUCAUUUAUAUAUUCGCCCUCAUCGUCUACAAUCAUCUAGUCAAUUCCAGAUGUUUUAUUGAAAAGGUGCACACUAAACUGAACACAAGUGUUAUUUGACAUCAACAAAUAACAUUUUAAUCGUAAAAAUCAGUGAGCGUGUGUUAUUAGCAUGAAUAGUAAAAAUCACGACAGUGAGUCAGACAACACAGAUGGCUAAACAUUUUUAAAGGGGGAUCUCCUUCGUGCGCGUGUGACGUGCACGCCAGCUGUCAGGCACCGACGUCGCACUAACGCCAAGUCUCGCGAGAGGAGAACAGACUGGCUCAUCGUCGCAAUCUUCUUGUUUAGCAACAAUAACAAGCAUCAGAGGACGUGAUUGUGCAGCUAUGUUUACCGGACCCAAGUUGUCCUCCGUUUCGGUCUCAGUCGAACACGCAGAGGCCAUCACACGGCUGUGAUUUACAGGAUGUGGCAACGCUCCUCUGGAUGUUUGACAUACGUGACCGAGAGGAAGGCCUCACACAUCUCACGCCGCCGUCGCUGCCAGACCGUUUGGUCUGGGAUGAGGAACCAUGGAAGUUGUCAGGAUCAUGUAGCCCAGCUGCCAUGAUGCAUUGUGCUGCCAAAGCAGGUUCUUAGACGGCGCCAGCGCUCGCCUUCGCACUGUUCUCGUGUUCGGACUGGUCUGAUUGGCGUCGUCAGCUAGAGAAUGAACGGCUCUCUUUUGACCCCUCCCAGCCCGCGGGCCACAAGUUCCUCUCCCUUACCCCCUUCACCCUCCCCAUCGCCCUCCCCGCCGUCCCCCUCUCUGCUGCCCCUGUCCCCCCGACCACCUUCCCUCCCACCUCUGGUGAGCCCUCCCCCCCCGGCCCACCCGUCAUCGCUGUCGGACACGCCUACGCCGUCGCCCUCGCCCUGCCUCAGCUGGACUGAAUUCUGUGAGCUUCAUGCCCGGGUGGCCGCUGGAGACUUUGCGCGCCACUUUCGGGCUUUCCUCCUGGAGAACCCGCACUACACCCCCGACUCAGCUGCUGCUUUCUGCCGCCGCUUUACGGACCGUUUUGUUCGUCACUUCCAGAACGAGCUGGAGGGGGUGAUGCCGCCCAGCUGUGCUUCAGGGAGGGAUGACAUGGUGAGCUGGGCUCCCCAGUCGGACGCUACAUCCCUGGAAGAGGAAGCCGCAUCCCCGCUGUCGACCUCUGGGGGAGCUGUCCCGACCUGUAACGUGGCGCGGCCCGCCUCCAAAGUGGCACCGACGCGCCUCGUGUUGGACGGCCGCAGCAGUGACAGAUUUCAAGAUUCUUACGCCCACGGCCAGCUCCUGCCUCCAUCUUCAUCGUCAUCCUGCUGCUCCUCGGUGGGCGGGAACAACGGGAGGCGGGACGACAAAGGUGCCGCCACGGCUGCCGGCAAUGGGGAAGCGCCCGUGGAGGAAGAGGAGGACAGCUGGUUGGGGACGGCAUCCGUGGGGGAGGACGUGGAGCCAGAAGAGCGGGAAGCUGAGACCACAGAGGUGGAUGGCUCCCCCUGCGCUCCUCACACGCCCCCUUCCUUUUCCUCGGUCACGCCCCCGCCCAGCGCUGCUUCCAAAAACAAGGUGAAGAAGCGGUUUUCACUGCGCAGCGUGGGGCGCAGCGUACGCGGGAGCGUGCGUGGCAUCCUGCAUUGGCGCAGUGCGUCCAGCGACUCGACGCCGGGCCCGCUGCCCACCAGCUACAGUUACACCGUUGGUGUGCAAGAUGCCGCUUUUUCCAGGAACGCUGCCACCCAGCCUCCCACGCCCACCUCGUCCAUGCCCGUGUCUCUGUCCAUGCCCCUGGCCCUUCCCCACUCCUCCUCUUCUUCACUCCCCCCCUCGUCCUCCAGCAGCGCCACCUCUCUGUCGCUCUCCGACCGGCGGCGGAGCAAUGGCGAAGGCGGGGAGAAGGACAAGUGGAGCCAGCGUCUGGAAAAGCUACGGCUAACGCGAUCCCCGCCUCCUGUCCUUACCGCAAGCACCGCCUCCUCCAUGCUGCCUCCCAGCAGCGUCGCUGCCGCCACAGCCGGCAUGGUGCCGCCGAGGAAGGUGGGCCGCCUGGUGCGGGAAGGCGGCGUGAGCGUUAGUUCAACCAACGAUGAACUCAGCGGAGGCCACGGCUUUCCGGGCUUCUCCUUCGCGCUCCUGCAUCACGGCCCCGACAACAACGCCGCCCUGGCAGCUGCGGCACCGCCCCUGGUGAGCGGCGGGAACGUACCAUGGAAGGGCGGUCGCUGGCAUAAGUGUCGUCUGGUCCUCAGAGAGCGGGAAAGAGAAGGAGGCGAGCACGGUGACGAGUUCUAUUUGGAAUUCUUUGUUCCCCCCAAGUCGUCCAAGCCGCGGUUGACGGUUUCGUGUGGGUCCAUUGUGGAUGUGAGGAGCACCACGGCGCAGGAGCUUCCUGACAAGGAGAACACCUUUCUGCUCCAGUUGGAAGGCUCCGCCCAGUACGUGAUUGAGACCCGGGACGCGGUCCAGAUGAGAGCGUGGCUUGGUGACAUCCACAAAGGUGUCUGUCUCAGUGGGCAGGAGGAUCCUGAUGGUGGCGCCGCGUUGGAUGGGAGCGGAAUGACAGAGAUUGUGGAGCGUCUGUCCCAAGUGUGUUACGGCGGCCUGGGAGGCUCCUCUCCACUGAUGGACAGUCUUCCGCCCGAGUUGCCACCUCGAGCCCCACUGGACGAACCGGACGGACGGAUUCUUGGAGGAGGCGGGGCUAGCCUGGGCACGCCGUUUGCAGAGACGCCAGACGCUACAGGCUCCUUCUUGUUCUCAGAGGUGACAUCUGCCGAGGUGCUGGAGCACCCGCUCAGUGAGUGUCAGUGGUUCCACGGCACCUUGUCCCGCCUGAAAGCAGCCCAGUUGGUUUUGGCGGGCGGUCCGGCCAGCCACGGCGUCUUCCUGGUUCGCCAGAGCGAGACGCGGCGCGGGGAAUACGUCCUUACUUUCAACUUCCAGGGCAAGGCCAAGCACCUGCGUCUGUCGCUGAAUGAGAACGGCCACUGCCGCGUGCAGCACCUUUGGUUUCAGUCCAUCUUUGACAUGUUGGAGCACUUCCGGAUGCAUCCCAUCCCCCUAGAGUCCGGCGGCGCCUCCGACGUGACGCUCAUAAGCUUCGUGGGCGCCACCGUUGUUCGCCAACCGGACUUGACCAGCAGACCCCGUAGCCCUCCUCAGCCGCCCCCCCUGCCGCCGGGACGCCCGCCGCCCCCAACUCCACCCCAGGAGAGAGGAAGAGAGGCGGAGCUGGAGGGGGCAGCAGGAGGAGGAGGCGAAGGUGGGGGCGGCGGCGGUGGCGGCGGCAGCAGUGAAGGUGGAAGCGGAGGUGUGGCGGAGGACUGGGAAGAUCGGGAUGCUCCUCUCCGCCAACUAGAAGCUGUGGAAGGAGAAGAGCUGGAGGCAGUGAGGGCGCCCCGAGCCGUUGAUAACCAGUACUCCUUCUUUUGAGGAGCUGACUGAGCAGCAGGUGGCGCUACUAACACUAGAGGAGACAAGAUGGACGCCCAGCGAGACACUAACUCCAACACUAACAAGCACCACGAGUCCACCAGCUUAGCUUACAUACCUCGCUGGAGUCCACUGAGCCCGACCAGGACCUGGUUCCUUCAUCUUGGCCAGCUGUGAUGUCACAAAUGGGGAAGUGCUAACUUCAUCCUGAGCUGUGAUGUCACGUGCGGUACAUGAAGCAGGCGCUUUACCUCCGUGGCGCUCGGCAACUCCACAUGAAGGAGACCCUCUCAAGAAUAGUAUUCAUUUUGUUUCUUCACUCUGAUGUCUUUGUGCCUUUUUGUUUGGAGGAUCAAAAUAGGAAAAAAAAAGAUCAGCUAUCUUCUGUGGGUUUGCCCUUUCUCACGCCGCCAAGUCCUCCUUGACCUCGCCAUCCAUUCAGCAAAAAAGAACCCAUUAGCAGAAAAAGAAGGUUUUCUACUCGUGCCUUUCUGUGUCAUCUACGCUCUGUUUAACGCUUUCCUUUUUUUGCUCAUCAUGUUGUGUUGUCACUUUGACCACUCUUUGUGCCUUUCUCUGUCUCUUCUCUGUGCUGGGCGGCUCUGCGCCCCCUGUGGUUAGUUUCAGGUACUACAUUGAUUCUAAUAUAAAUAUAGUGAAACGUAACAACUGAAUGUGUGGGAAAAGUUACUUAUUGGCAUGAAACGAACACUUGACACACAUCAACACAACUUUACAAAUUCAACUACAAGCUCAAGAAUAAACAUAAAUAAAACGUGUUUGAAAAGGAGAAACCAUGAAGCAAUGAGGGCCAGCUGUCAAUCAUGAUGUGACGUAUGACGUGUUUUGUAGUCUCCCGAUAAUAGCAUAUCUUGUUCGAUUGGCAAAUGCUCAGUCAAUGAGCAACCCAAUCAAUUGGCCCACAAACACUUGGCUGGGAUGGGAGCGCUUACUUCAAGUACCAGCCCCUCCCGGUGAAAGUUGCUCGGAAAAAUUAAGAUUGAAAGGAACAUCUCUUAUGAAUAAUAUGGAGGCCAGGAAAGUUCAGUGUAAUGCAAACGCCACACGAUGGUAAACCCGAAUCCUUUUACUGAAUCGAGUUUUUAUGAGUCACUCGAGUCGGGUGUCACAGCGUAUAUGAACAAAGAAAACCCUGACACGGAGAUUCCCAUAGACAUACCUGUAUAUACGCACGAAACAAAAACCUCAAUAAAUGGUUGGCCCGUUGUAGAUAUGCCUCUUAAACAAAUGCAAGAAAAUGGAGCAAACUUCAUGAAGCAUCUUUCUACAAAGGUGGCUGAUUUCCCUGCAUUAGCAGCAUUAUGCCACAACGUCAACAAAUUCUGUUGGUAAAAUUACGUCAUAAAGGUCAAAUACAGUCAGAAUGUGGCAUGUUGGUGUGCGCCACACCUGUUGGCUGAUGAGUGGGCGGCACCGAACAUAACCUACAAAGCCUGAUGGGUGGCCAGCACACGCCUGGACCGCCUGGUGUGGCGAUACGAAGCCAACGACAUUGCGGUCAUGAACGCACGUUUGUGUGCUUAGGCGCUUCACUGCAGCGUGGCGUGAGUCGGACGCCGUCGUUGCUAUGGAUAAACCGUGCACACCUGACCUUUUCUUCUCCCCUGAGCGGUGGCAGACUCGUAUCUGAGGUCGGGUCGCGGGGGCAGCAGCCUAAGCAGGGAGGCCUAGACUUUCCUCUCCCCGGCGACUUCGUCCAGCUUCUCCUGGCGGAUCCCGUGGCGUUCCCGUUGAGAGACAGUCUCUCCAACGUGUCCUGGGCCUCCUACCGCCGGACGUGCCCUGAACACAUCCCCAGGGAGGUGUCCCGGAGGCAUGCUGACCAGAUGCCCGAGCCACCUUAUCUGCAGAGUCCGCAUCACUGCAGACGCCGCACCAAUCCGCCUGUCCAGCUCACAUUCCAUCCUUCCCUCGCACCCGGGGCAGGAUCUCAUCCCCAACCCGGAGACAGCACUCCAGCCUUUUCCGGGCGAGAACCAUGGACUCUGUCUUGGAGGUGCUGAUUUUCAUCCUAGCCGCUUCACACUGUGCUGCGAACCGAACCAGUGAGAAUUGAAGAUCACGGCCCCAUGAAGCCAGCAGGACCACAUCAUCUGCCAAAAGCAGAGACCCAAUCCUUCAGCCACCAAACCGGAUCCCCUCAAUGCCCUGGGUGCACCUAGAAGUUCUGUCCAUAAAAGUAAUGAACAGAUUGUGUGCAAAGGGCAGCCCUGGCGGAGUCCAACCCUCACUGGAAACGAAUCAUACUUAAUGUGGACCAAGCUGUGACAUCGGUCAUACCGGGAAUGAACUGCCUGAAUUCGGUGGUCCGGUAGCCCAAACUCCCGGAGUACCCUCCACGGGAUUCCUCGUGGAACACGGUCAAAUGCCUUCUCCAAGUCCACAAAGCACAUGGAGACUUGUUGGGCUAAAUCCCAUGCACCUUCAAGGACCCUGUCGAGAGUGUAGAGUUAGUCCACAGUUCUACGGCCAGGACCAAAACCACUCUGCUUCUCCCGAACCCGAGAUUCAACUAUUUGACAGAUCCUCCUCCCCAGAGCCCCUGAAUAGACCUUACCAGGAUGGCUGAGGAGUGUCAUCCCACUAUAGUUGGAACCUUUCUUAAAAAGGGGCACCACCACCCUCGUCUGCCGGUCCAGAGGCAUUGACCCCGAUGUCCAUGCGAUGCUGCAGAGUUGUGUCAACCAAGACUAACCCAAUGGCAUCCACGGUGUUAAGGAAUUCUGUAAUAGUUUGAGCAAAAUAAAGUACAAACAACAACAAAUAAGCCAU